AUGUCUCGCUCAGUAAAUCCUAACUAAUUCAAGAGGAAUUCAUCUACUACUCCAAGUAGUUUUCAAAAUUUAGCCAAACUUGUAAUCGAUGACAAAUCUUUUCAGAAUGCAUUUGAUAAUAGCGUGAAGGAGCAGCAUCAAUUGAAAUAAGAGGCGAAAAGAAGAGGAGACAAUGAAGGCGGCUCCAAUGAUCUCAUUAGUAAUCUAAUGGAGGAGGUGAAGUACUUUGAAAUUGACAGAAGAAGGUUCUAAUUUGAUGAUGAAGACCCAAUAUUCUACAGAGAGUAUGCUACUCCCAGCAGAAAUUAAUCAAAUGGGCAUAAUGGCUGUAUGUGCUGUGAAACUCAAUUUAAAAGUGCUAAAUCACCUUAGUACUGUGAAUUCUGUGGCUAUCCAUAUUGCAAGUUGUGUCUGGUGAAAACUUUCCCCUUCCCAUUAAAUAAUCCAGACUAUAAAAACAGAGGAGAUAUUUGUAAGAUCUGCGAUAGGAAAUUUUACAUCAGAGUAAUGGUUAAAGCUUCUAAAUAAUAAAUUGAAGUCUAAUAGUAAACUAUCCAAUGUCUAUAAUAGCAACUCACAAAGAAGGAAGAUGAGUGUAAAAUUCUCGACGAGGACUUUGAAGGAUUUGUGGAAAGGACUAGGCAUGAAAAGGAUAAGCUAAAAGAGAGGAAGAAAGAGUUGAAAAAAACUAUGAAGUAACUACAAAAUGAAAACCAGAGCAUGAAUGAAGAGUGUAAAUCUCUACUAGAGAGAAAAUCACUAAUUAAUACUGAGCAAAAUGAACUUAAGGAUACCAUUAAAACUUUGAAAGAGGAGCUAGAGGACUUAGAAGAGAAGUUACUGAGGAUAAACCUUAACAUUAACAAAGCUAACAACGAGAGAUCUAGGAUGGAAGAAGAGCUUAAAAAAUUUACAAAACUGGGCAGAUAGCCGAAAGGGACUAAUGCUCAUCAGAAAAAUUAAUCUGAUAGCAAUAAGAAUUCUAUUAGUGACUCCUAGCUCAUGUCUAGCACCAACUCAAAAGAGCUUGAUAAAAAUGGCUCAAUGAUCUCUAAGCCAAAAACAAUGACCAAUUCAAUAGUGGUAGCAGAAUCAGUUCAGACAGAAGUAGAUUAUCUUGGUGGAUCUAGAACAGCUCUGCCAAAUUAAAGCUUUCAUCAUUUCUCUACUCUGGGUUCACCUGAAAAUGAGGGGAAUAGAAUCUCAAGGAAUUCCUCCAAUUAUAAAAAAGGAAAAGGAAAAUUAAAAACUCCAUAGUAGCAGAGUUGCUGUUCAGAACAAAGCUCAUGUACCUUGUUUUGA